AUGGACCGCGCAAAGCUCAUCGACACGCUUGCAUCGGCACAAUCGUCGCCGAAGAGGCCAAUACUGACUCUCAUGAACGGCGAUACCACAUGGCUCGUUUCCGUCCCCCGGCCCGCCGGCACGAAGGGCAAGGCUUUCUACCACAUCCUCGUGGAUCCUUGGCUCGAGGGGCACGCUGAGGUCGGUUUCGGCUGGGUCGUACGUCUGCAACUCAAGGAGAAAGCGGCACUCGACAGCAUCGAGGCUAUUGAAGACUGGAUUCGGGAGAUUGAAACAGUUUGUGGGACCACGGACGGAGAGCACGAGCAGUGGCUCGAUGCGGUUCUUGUCACGCAUGCCAACCUUGAUCACCUGCACAAGCCGACGCUGCGGACCCUCAGCAAAUCGGCACAAGUCCUUGCUGUGCAGGAGGCGGCGACGAUGAUAUCGUCGAUGGACCACUUCGAGAAUAUCAUAGCGGUGCCGGAUUUCGUCCCCGGCGAGGAGUGGCCGGCCACGCCCGAUAUGCCCGGAUCGUUAUCGAUUUUCCGGCUCCAAAGCAAGGGCGACAAAUACACAAACCUGUGCCACGCCGUGAUAAUCGGUAUCCCGACCGAAGAUGGGAAGAGCGAAGCUAUCCUGUACACCCCGCACGGCGUUGAACCGGAGGCGGUCGAAGCCGUAAGGAAAGCGAACUCGGAUGCCAGUUUUCUGGCGAUGCUGCAUCCACUCAAUAAAGCCGGCACCAUGGGCUUCAUCUCGAGAGGGGUUGCAGAGGGGCUGAGGAUCGAACGAGAAAAUUCCGUCCGUCACUGGGUGAACACACAUGAUGACAAUAUUAGCUUCUCGGGGGUUUUAUCUUAUAUAAUGCGAUACGGGCGCGCGACGUUGGAACAGGGUCUCAAGCAGGAAGCCAGGGAAAAGGUUGAGGAGCAAAGGAGGCCAGACUACAUAGUGGUUGAAAAUGGUGGAAGUCAUAUCUUGACUUGA